GACUGCGGCUCCGCAGCGCCCCCCAGCGGCGCGCUGCGUGUCUGCCGCGCAGAGGUUGAGCAGCCUGGUUGUUUGUUUUUCCGCCGCCAACACCCAGUGAGAGUGCGGCAGAAAGGCGUGCAUCAUCACCGGUAAUGACUGAGUGUGCAGGAAGAAGCAGCAUGAGUCACCGCUGAGCUGCGCAGGAUGUCUUUUAAGAAGGAAACACCCCUGGCUAAUGCUGUGUUUUGGGCCGCGCGGAAAGGAAACUUGGCUCUUCUUCAGCUGCUGCUCAACAGCGGACGUGUAGAUGCAGACUGCAGAGACAGUUAUGGAACGACAGCGCUGAUGGUGGCCUCAUACAGCGGCCAUUAUGACUGUGUCAGGGAACUCAUCAUGCAAGGAGCUGAUAUCAACUACCAGAGAGAGACGGGUUCCACUGCCUUGUUCUUCGCCUCCCAACAGGGACACCAUGACGUUGUGAAGCUGCUGUUUGAAUUCGGUGCCUCUACUGAAUUCCAAACAAAGGAUGGCGGCACGGCGCUCACUGUGGCCUCCCAGUAUGGGCACAUCAAGGUGGUGGACAUUCUGCUGAAGAACGGAGCCAAUGUUCACGACCAGCUCAGUGACGGCGCCACCUCUCUGUUCCUCGCUGCCCAGGAAGGUCACGUGUCUGUGAUUCGUCAGCUGCUGUCAUCAGGUGCCAAAGUCAACCAGCUAAGGCAGGAUGGCACCGCCCCCCUCUGGAUGGCAGCUCAGAUGGGUCACAGUGAGGUUGUGAAGGUUUUGCUCUUACGUGGUGCAGAUCGGGACGCAGACAGACAAGAUGGUUCCACUGCGUUGUUCAAGGCGGCUUUAAAGGGGCACAACAGUGUUAUUGAGGAACUCCUAAAGUUUUCUCCUUCAUUUGGGCUUCUCAAGAACGGCUCCACUGCCCUUCAUGCUGCUGUUAUGGGCGGUAACCUUCAAACGGUUCUUCUUCUGCUUGAAGCUAAUGCUGAUCCUACAAUACCCAACAAGAAUAAUGAACUUCCAGUGGAUCUUACGAGGAGUGAUCGCCUUCUAAGAGUUUUAAUGCCCAAAAUUUUAAACGCUGACAGUUGAUGAAAAUAACUCAACAGAUCCCUGGCUUCAAACCUGCGUGCACUACAGCAGCAUGUACAGAAGGAAAAAACAAUAAAGUGUCAAAUACAUUCAAAGAGUUUUUUUCAUGGUAUUCGCUUUUUAUUGCAGCAGAGAUGUAGUGCUUGUACAAAUUGUAAGCAAAGGAUUUGUUGUUGCUUUUUAUGUUUGAUGAUAUAAAAUAAAGUUUUCAGGCCU